CAUUUUGCCUAGAAGAAAAUAAGAUCUAGGCAUAGGAGGUCACCAGCACACUGAGGGCUCUUGGCUGCAGAGAAAUUGCAGAAUUCUCACCCCAGGGGACACCCCUAGAGGCCCUGAGCUCCAGCAUCUCCCUGUUACCUGGUGGAGAUGGGUGGGCCAAAAAGGCAGGCCCUCAGCUGCCUGUUGUCUGCUCUGGCCCUGUUUUGCUCCAAAGCCUUGAGAGGUUCCCUUGGCCCACAGGUCAGAGUCCACAUUCCUCAGCCUCGUAACCAAACCCUGGAGGAUUUGGUCCCUCCCUGACCCUCCUGUAAUGACAGCUGCCCCUAUCCGAGGCUUCCUUUCCUGCAGUGGCCACAUGGGUCAGCUAUCCUGAGGCUCAGAGAGCCUAGAGGGUUUGGGGUUCUUGGGAGGAUUGAGCAAGGUUCCUGUCUGCUUCCUGUCCAAGGCUGGGAGGAGAAGGGGAGCAGAGAAUAACCUCAUCCCAGAUUCUGGGGCUGUCUCAGCUCUACUUUCAUCCGGGGUUCUGGUUCUCUCGGGGCCAGGACCUCUGGUUCAGAUGAACAUCUUCCUAGUUCCCCCUCCCACCUGAAGCAGCUUCAAGUGAAGCACACAUUUGACAGUCUUUAGGGCACUAAAGUAGGGGGAAGAAUUGUGAGCCGAGAAAGAAUGUCUUAGCCCUCAUCUAUGGCUCCUAUUGAUGAGCCAUUAAUGCCUUAUCCCUUUAGGCUAAGGCAUUAUCUCCAAAGGGACUCCUUGAAAGCACCCCUCUGAGGCUGAUGGUAGAGGAGGAAUGUGUGAUGCCAGCAGUUUCAAGUUCAACCCAGCACAUGUUUACAGAGGCCCAGGUGCUCCUGGCUCUGUGCCAGGUAUGGGAAGGCAAUAUAAAUCAGACAAGAGGAUUGACUCCUGCUCUCAGCCUGGUGAGGACAGCAUCACAUGGAUUGGCUUCUCAGAUCCGAUGGCCGUUGCCUAGCAGAAAAUAGGCCUUGUGAGGAUGCACCUCAGAGCUGGCCCUCCUGCCUCUGCCACGGCCUCAUCAGUUUCCUGGGGUUCUUGCUGCUGCUGAUCACCUUCCCCGUUUCUGGCUGGUUUGCCCUGAAGAUUGUGCCCGCCUACGAGCGCAUGAUCGUGUUUCGGCUGGGCCGGAUCCGCACUCCUCAAGGACCUGGCAUGGUUCUGCUCCUGCCCUUCAUUGACUCCUUUCAGAGGGUGGAUCUGAGGACACGGGCCUUCAAUGUCCCUCCCUGCAAGCUGGCCUCUAAGGAUGGGGCUGUGCUGUCCGUGGGGGCCGACGUCCAGUUCCGCAUCUGGGACCCGGUACUGUCAGUGAUGACGGUGAAGGACCUGAACAUGGCCACACGCAUGACGGCCCAGAAUGCCAUGACCAAGGCCCUGCUCAAGAGGCCUCUGCGGGAGAUCCAGAUGGAGAAGCUCAAGAUCAGCGACCAGCUCCUGCUGGAGAUCAACGAUGUGACCAGGGCCUGGGGGCUGGAGGUGGACCGCGUGGAGCUGGCAGUGGAGGCUGUGCUCCAGCCACCCCAGGACAGCCCGGCUGGGCCCAGCCUGGACAGCACCCUCCAGCAGCUGGCUCUCCACUUCCUUGGAGGAAGCAUGUCCUCAGUGGCAGGAGGUGCCUCACCUCUGGGGCCAGCAGACACCUUGGAGAUGGUGAGCGAAGCUGAGCCGCCUGCCCCUCACGUUGGUGCUGGGCCAACCCUGAAGCAGCCUGUGGCCGAGGGGCUGCUGACUGCUCUGCAGCCCUUCCUGUCUGAGGCCCUGGUCAGCCAAGUCGGGGCCUGCUACCAGUUCAAUGUCACCCUGCCCAGUGGCACCCAGAGCACCUACUUCCUGGACCUCACUACAGGGCAAGGGAGUGUGGGACACGGGGUGCCCAACGGCAUUCCUGACGUGGUGGUGGAGAUGGCCGAGGCGGACCUGCGGGCCUUGUUGUGCAGAGAGCUGCGACCACUGGGGGCAUACAUGAGCGGGCGGCUGAAGGUGAAGGGUGACCUGGCCGUGGCCAUGAAGCUGGAGGCUGUCCUCAGGGCCUUGAAUUAGCAGCCUUGGCUGACCAUCGAUAGCCUAGCCCCGAACCUGGCACCAAGCCAGGGGGACGUCUUGGAGGAGGAGGCAUUGGCACUGUACCUUGGAUUAUUGAGGCCGUGAGGAGUUUCAGGCCCAGCCAGGAGCCAAUAAAUGGAGACUGGGAGACACUGGAGCUGGAAGAAGCUAAGUUAGGCUGCCCUGCCGUUCUUGCCUACAGUGGGUCUUUGGACAAGCUGUUGCCCAUCCUGGGCCCCUGCCGAGCACCCCGCCCUGAGCUGAGUACACAGUAUAAGGACAGGAGCCAGGCCUGCUCUGCCCUGCUGGCUCCCUGACUGGAGAGGCAGGGCCCACAGAAACAGCCUGACAGCCUCUGGCUUGGUCCACAUGUGAAGGAGCAAAGCAUGUGACACAGGCUGCAGGCUCCAGAGUGGAGGAUCAGAGAGGCUGGGGGGCGGGGAGGCGGCCACCAAGAGGAGCAGGGGGCUGGGGUUCGAGCUGGGUCUGCCCUCCUGAUCUCAGCCCAGGCCAAGGCUAGUGGGGGGUAAGAAUGGGAAAGCGUGGGGCCUGCUCCUCCCCUGGGCCUGCUCCUGAAGGCAUCUUGACUCGGCUACCAGCUCCGUCCUGCAUGCCUGGGGGGCUGGGGCCCAGGGCAGCAUGAAGGAGAGCCCUGCCGUUCCUAUGUUUCUUACCAGAGGUUUGAAAACCGCUAAUAAAUGUGGUGUUUACAAUGUA